AUGAUUUUGUUCCUGAUUAGCACCCAAAUUCACAACUGUACGCAUGAUCAGUUUAUGAAGAAUACUCAUUUAUAUUAUGCAAAAGCAUAUUCCAAACGUUCACUUAAAGCUCCAACCUGGGAAAACAUUAGAAUCAAUUUCGAUUACCGCUACAUGGAUGGAACUAUAAAUGAUGGAAUGACAUGCACAUAUUCAGGGCAGUCAGUUUCAUAUGGUGGCUAUCGAUAUUCUUGUUCUUCUGAUGAUGUUCUCACUCCGGCCAAAAUAACUGCUGCCAAACAAACAAUGGAAAAUGUAAGAAAUUACCUUCAAAGAUUACUUAAAGUAAUACCUAAUACAAAGCCAAUAGAUGCACGAAAUUUUAAUUCUGAUACAAAUUACAAACUUCCAUACUCUGUAAAUAACUAUGACCUAUACAUGGGUAUAUUAGUUAGGCCAUUUGGAGGUACAAACCCAUUAGCACAAGCUGGAUCCAAUGUAUUUGAAUACACAUACAAUAGACCAAUUGGAGGAGCUGUCUUUAUUAAUGGAAGAUCAAUUCCAUCGUCCCCACAAGAUGAAAACUCCGUUAAUAAUGAAUUUUUCUAUGUUUGCAUCCACGAAAUUUUCCAUGCCCUCGGAAUUUCAUCUUAUCAUUUCAACAAUUAUCAUCCAUAUGAAACAUCUAACAGGCAUAGCCAAAUUACAUGCACGAUGAAGAAGUAUGGAAGGACCUAUAACUUCCUUGUUACACCAUAUGCACAUAAUUUUGCAGUUAAACAAUUUGGAGUUCAAACAUUCGUUGGUGACGAUAAAACAUGUCCUUCUGGUAUCGAAAUUGAAGAUGGUGGCGGUGAUGGAACAAUCGGCAGCCACUUAGAAGGAAGAGUAUAUAUGACUGACCUUAUGACAGGUCAGACAAUUCAAACAGAAUCAGGACCUUUCAAUAGAUUAACUGAUGCAGUAAUGUCUGUUCUUCAAGAUACCGGAAACUACAAAGUUGAUUGGCGCAUGGGUCAACCUCUUGUUUGGGGACAUCCAGAAUCUAUUAAUGACAAUCCUAUCAGAGACUUCGCUAUUGGUCCACCUCAACAAGUUUUUCCAGAAUAUUACAUAUGGAAAGGAAAUCAGAGAGAUACUUUGCCCAAUACUGGAUUUGACUUCAAAUUUACAGGUUCAGCUCAUUCUUUCAGCCCACCUUCUUGCCCAGCAAACAAUAAGUACUGCAAUUCAAAGUCCUUCUACAAUCCUAAUUCAUAUGAUGUAGUUGGUGAAUCAGAUAUAUAUGAUUUCAUGCGGUACAUUUUCCCUAAUAAUGUAUGUCCAAGGAACCAAGCUGCAAUUCCUUCCACGCUUUAUAAUUAUGCAUGCUCAACAUAUAAAUGCAAUGGAUACGAUAGUUUCACUUACGAUUUGAUUACAAGUACUAGCGGAGCAACAACAAAAAUCACUUGUGAUAGAUCGAAUGUAAACAGGAAAGUCGAUUCUCGACUUUACAUUUCUUCAACUAGUUAUUAUCCUAGAACUUACUGGUAUCCUGAUCCAGAAAGAUUUUGCAGAACAAUGAAGCUUUAUGAUAUGCAUUUCAGAAACGAUCCAUUCCUUAAUUACACAAAGCAGCUCGUAGAUGUUCCUCCGCCAGCAACACCCACACCCACUCCAAGAACUCCGACACCACAAACCCCAACACCAAGAACACCCACUCCAAAGACGCCAACGCCUAAGACACCAACACCAAAGACCCCAACUCCUAAAACACCAACACCAAAGACCCCAACUCCUAAGCUUCCAACACAAGUUAUUCCAACGCCUGAUCAACCAACCAAAGAAACAGAAACAAAGACAGAGGUUGAGGUAACAAACAAGCCAGAAGAUUCAAAGCCAGCAAUUGAUGAGAAGGAAUCUACAUCAGGCGAGAAAGGAGGAGACAACAAUGCAAACUCUGGUACGACAAAGGGUGGCCUUAGCAAGAAGAACUGGAUUAUUAUUGGUGCUGCUGCAGGUGGUGCCCUUCUUCUUAUCAUCAUCAUCGUCUUUACUGUUAUUGCUGUUAAGAAACACAAAGCAGCAGAAGCAGAUAGUGAUGAUGAUAUCCUUCAUACCAAUUUCCUCGUUUAA